ACCCCAAACCAUGACACCAUCUACCAGAAGACAAACCAAUUUCCCAAAACUAUAAACACUGUUCCCCUUUUUUCACUCACCAACAUCCAAUAUCAUUAAUUCAGGUCAUCACAGCUGGAACCCAAUUUACACACAAAUCCCCAGAUGGAAACACUCAGAGUCAAAACUGUUCACACACCAAUCAGAAGCUCAGGAUAGAUAAUAACAGGGUCAUGAGUCAGUUCACUGAGGCAAAAAUAAAUGUGAUUUAUUUCUUUAUGUGUAAACUGUUUUUUUCAUUGGUUUCUAUUAGUGAAUGCAUGGAAAUGAUUUUACUGUAUUCUACGUAAUUUAUCAGCUGCGUAUUUCUACAGUAUAUUUACUUUUUCACUCAGUUUCAGUUUAUUUUACUACAGUACACACGAAUUAGAAAAUGUUGAAAACAUAUAAGAGUUGUGUCUUUAUCUUGUAUUCAUCAUGAAAAGAGGUUGUUCUGAGGGAGAAACAUAAGCACCAUCAUUUAUUACAGUAGCAGGUUUUUACAGUAGUGUUUUGAGUGUAAUGGCUGUUUUUUUUUAGUGUAUUUGACGACUUUUGUGUGACAUCUGAAGGCAAAGUUUGGUUCAGAUGUGAGAUCAAAUGGUUUUGAGUGGAGAGUUUGGCUUUGACAUGGAAGUUUGUGAAGAUGCAGUUAUUCAUUUGUGUUUAUAGUUUUGGUAAAUGGAGCACAAUUUGAAGAAUUAAUUAUAUGUUUGGCAUUGACUGUAUGUGUCAUUACUGAAGAACUGGCGCCCUCUAUUGGUGGUCGCUGCUAAACGUCUAAAAGACCCCUCCCUGCUGGUACAUACACUAAUAAUAGCAUGUUGCACUUUACUGGAAGCAAAUCCUCGUGUGUAGCUUUUGUAAAAACAGCAAAUAAAAACGGUAAACCCUCUUAACAUAACAAAUUGUUAAAAUGUCUGUAUCAGCUGAUGUGGGCUAAAUAGUCAGAAUAUACGUGCAGACUGCUGCUUUAAUGUAAAAUCCUGCAGCUUUUUCGGGCGUUAAAAGUACAAUUGUUUGUCUAUUUCUGCGCCACCUUCAUGAUAAUCCUGUUUAGAUUUGGCUCACCCUCAUGGAAAUACACUGCAAGGGGAGGAGAUUAUAUUAAACAAAAAUGACGAGGGGGGAGGUGACAGCAGUAAAGAGAAGCAGAUUCGUGUUAAGAAGACGGGAAGAAGCGCCUCCAACAGGCUCCGAGGAUCAGCCUUUUGCUGCACUUUCACUUCACUGUCUUGAAAAAUCGAUUUUGUAGCUGUAUUAGAGGAGAAAUCGGCUGCCAGAGAGUUUCCCAUAGAGAUCCCAGGGAGUGGACCAGGAAGUGUGACCUCCUUUUUAGUCAGUACCCAGCAAAGUUGCUGCCAGCUACACUAUGUCUGCCCCUGUUUAUCCAGGAAUACCCAACCAGGGACCCUACUCCAUGCCUCAGCCGGGCCAGUCGGUGGCCCCUUAUCCAGUUCCUCAGGGAGGGUACGGAGACCCCAGUCAAGCGCCUCCGCCAGGGUUCAACAUGAGCUACAAUCAGGGCCCGCCUCCCGUCAUGUAUCAGCCAGGGCCGGUGGGGCCGGGUCAGGCUCCAGGGCCAGAGUACGGCGGGCCGCCGGGCCAUGCUCCAGGGCCGGAGUACGGUGGGGCUCCGGGAGCGAUCUCCCCAGCCAGUGCUCCUGUUGGGGUCCCACCAGGGCUCGAAUACCUCACACAGAUUGACCAGAUUCUGAUCCACCAAAAAGUUGAACUCCUAGAAGCAUUCAUCGGGUUCGAGACCAACAACCAGUACGAGAUAAAGAACAGCCUGGGACAAAAGAUCUACAAGGCCAAAGAGAAGAACGACUGCUGCACCAGGAACUGCUGCGGUUCGCUGCGCAGCUUCGACAUGAAGAUCAAGGACAACAUGGACAGAGAGGUCAUCCGCCUCAUACGGCCUUUCCGCUGUGUCUCCUGCUGGUGUCCCUGCUGCCUGCAAGAGAUGGAGGUCCAGGCACCGCCAGGCACCACCAUAGGCUAUGUCAAACAGGACUGGCACCCUUGCCUGCCGAAGUUCUCCAUCCAGGGAGCAAACAAGGAGACCCUGAUGAAACUGGAGGGGCCCUGCUUCGCCUGCAACUGCUGUGGGGACGUCAACUUUGAGCUGAAGGGAAAAGAUGGCGACAAGACGAUCGGUCGCAUCAGCAAACAGUGGAGCGGCCUUCUGAAGGAGGUCUUCACCGACACGGACAACUUCGGCAUCCAGUUCCCGCUGGACUUGGACGUGAAGAUGAAAGCUGUGCUCAUGGGAGCCUGUUUCCUCAUCGAUUUCAUGUUCUUCGAGAAGGUCGGGGAGGCCAACCAACGCAGCACUGUGUUUUCAUAACAGAGGAAAAGGAAGAGAAAACAACAGCAUGGGUGCAAGGACUUUCUCUAGAUAUGCAUUCUCUCUUCAAGUGCUUUGUUUUUCUGUUCAUUUUUGUUUAAAAAAAAAAAUCCUUCCUUCAUCAGAUUCUAGCCAGCCAAUAUGGUGCCAAUCCAAGGAUCCUGAUCACAGAUGUCUGCCAUAGAUGUCUUUGAAUUGAUCAGUGUCACUGGUUGUCAUGUUGCCAUUUUACAUACAGUUUAUAGACUUUAGAUCUAUAUUUUUUUACCUCCAGCUAACAUUCACUCCCUUCCCAAGAAAGUCAACCUUGCCCUCAGUGGCUUUUUCAGUGCCGACAGAGUGAAGUAAAAGUCAACAUCAGCACUCAUCUGAAAUGUUUAGAUCUGGGUUUUGAAUGUGCUUGAUGCUACACUGGCAUUGACAGCUCAUAUUUAUGCCGCAUGUUAAUAUAUUAUCAAUAUACUCUUACUGCUUUGUGAGGAAAUCACAAUAUAUUUAGUGUAAGUGCAAUACUGAUGUGGAGGUAGAAGUCAUAUUUGUUGCCUUGUUUUUUAAUAAAUAAACAGGCUUUAUAGAGAAUAUCUGACCAUUUGCCACAGUUUAAAAAAAGACUUCCGUUAUGUAGGGCAGUGGUGGUUGUUUCAGGGCAGUGGUGGUUGUUUCAGCGACAGGAACGAGAGGAAGUUCAUUGUCUUUUUAAUUAGAAGUUGUGAACACAAGAGUGGACGUACGCUGAUAGUAUUCACCAAAGUGCUCUUCCUCUACCUCUCAGCUAUGUUCCUCUUCCUCGAAGCCCUCUUGUCUUAAAUAAACAAAACUACAGCUCAGAUCACAGUUGAAAUGCUCUCAUGCUCCCACCGUGCUUUACUUGUGGUUGCUAUGGAGACCCAUGAUGCGUGUCGAACCUCGCCCUUCCAUUUCUCCAGACACCACUGCAUUAAACUAGAGCCAGUGUAAUGAUAUAUCAGAGAGAGAGUGUGAAUAGAGAGCAAGUAAAAAGCAGAAGUUGAGGUAAGAGUAGGUGUUAAACUGACCUCAGUGUGGUUGGAAACCCUCUUCAGUGACAGGGUUUAAAGGAAAUACAUUAACUUUCUGUAAUUCUUUGAACAGACAGAGACCCGAAUGUGAACUUGUGUAAAUUCUGUGCCGUUUACAGCUCAUUGGAUCACUGCGCUUUCGAAUAAAUGACAUAAAAAACAGGUUAAUGUUUGCAAAUGUCACCUAUUACUCUUGAAGACGAUUCUCUUGCUCUGUAUACAUUUGUGCGUUUAUAGGAUUACAUGGGUGUGCCUCCUGUCAGGUUUGGUUACCACUAAUACUCAUAAUUCCAGACCAAAGCUUUGUAUUACACACUGUAUAAAUGCUUGUCAUAGCGUGUGCGUAUAUGCUACCAUCAGCCUUUGUGGAAAGUAGCCAAAAGGUUAACACUUUCGCAAUUAUAUGUUCACUGAGUUCAUCUGCAGCUUGUUUUUUUUAAUCAAAUCGUUAAAUCUGCAGUGUCUGUUUCCUGUAUUUCUACCAAAAUCUAUUUUGUACCAUUUUUCUGUAA